UGACGGCGCGGCUCACGGUCUUACUAUUCGAUUUUCAACGUUCGCAGUCAAAAGCCGCGUAAAGAGCGAAGAAGUUUUUCACAAUAAGACAACCUGCAGUGGCGGACCAAACCAGACCCGGCUUUUUAGCGUCAUUGACAACAUUUAAUUAAAAGCCUACCCAGGAGUCAAGGCCGCGCACCCUUUUUAAGCUUGAAGUGCCACAGAGUGCGUGUGUGUGUGUUUUUUCUGGCGCAUCCCCGCUGUCUUUGUGUGUGUAUCCCGACGUCGCUGUUUGGCUGCUGUCCUUGUUUUUGCGCGUGGGAGUUGCCAAAAAACGUGAAAGCGAAAAAUUCCAGCACAGAACGAGAAUAAAUAAUUCAACAGAAUCGCAAGUCAAGAUGUCCGUCUCAUCGAACGCCUCGUCCGCUUCGCGGAACGACAGUGUGGACAGCCCCAGCACCGCGACGAACACGGACAGCUCCGAGCUGACGCACAUUCUCAACCGGCGGCAGGAGAUCAUGGAAUCGCAGGAGGCGGGCAUUGAGAUACCGCGCACCUUCAAGGUUGUGAAUGUCUACACCGAAUUCCAUGAGUUCUCCCGGAAGCAGAUCAAGGACUACCAGAAGACCUUCAAUACCUAUGAUACCGCACGCGAUGGCUUCUUGGAUCUGCAGGAGCUCAAGUUCAUGAUGGAGAAACUGGGCGCCCCACAGACCCAUCUGGGGCUGAAGAAGAUGAUUGCCGAGGUGGAUGAGGAUAAUGAUGGCAAGAUCUCGUUCCGCGAGUUCCUCCUGAUCUACAGAAAAGCCCAGGCCGGUGAGCUGGACUCCGAGUCGGGUCUAAAUCAAUUGGCCCGCCUCACCGAGAUCGAUGUGGAGCAGGUGGGCGUCAGUGGGGCAAAGAGCUUCUUCGAGGCAAAGAUUGAGCAGCAGCUGAAGACGAAUAAGUUCCACGAUGAGAUCCGUGCGGAGCAGGAGGAGCGCAGGCGCGAGGAGGAGGAGAGGGUCCAACGGCGUCAGCAGUUCCAGCAAAGGGCAGCGAUCUUUCAGUAGGUCCUUCGCGGAGGAUAUAGCUACCCCUUAGUCUAGCGCUUAAUGGCGUAGGUUAAAUCGAAAUGGAGUCGCAGGCAUUUUUCAAAGCAUCAAACGCAUCACAUACAGUAGCAGAUAUAUACCCAUAACCAUAAUCCACCCAUAUAUACACUCACUGGUAGGGAUCCCUUUGUUUGAACAUAUUUUUCGGGAUUUAAAGUUCUUAAUGGACAGUUUUUGAGUUGUUUUUGGAAUUAAGUAAAGCUGGUUUUUAUGGCAAUAUUUAUGAGGAAGAAAAAAUACCCGAAAAUUGUUGCAUUAACGAACUUUAAUUCCCUUUUCAUUUACCCUUAUUUCCUUCAAGUCUCAGCAAAUGGAUCCUUGACCUUCAUACACAAAAAACCUACGUAGCAUAUAGAUAACGAAAUCAUACCAAAAGCGUAUUUAUAGAUAACCCUUAGCUAAGAGAAAAUGAUUUUUACUUUAAGACUUAUAUUUUAUUAUCCUUUGGUGUUGCGCAAAUUUAUUCUAUUUGUUAUUUCGAAAUUUAUGAUUUUUUAACUUUAUAUAUUUUGAGUUUUGUACUUUGUAGUGUGCCAUUUUUAUUUCUUUCGUUUUUAUUUUUAAUUUUUGUGUUUAUAAACGAGAGGAGCAAUUGUUAGUUAAGAAAAUGUUUUAUGUGGAAUUCAAACCUACGUUGUACAUAAAAAAGAAAAAGUUAAUCUCUGUUUACUCUGUUGGAAUAUAUACAAAUGUAUCUGUGGAAUAUUUAAGAACAAUUAAGUUUCAAUUUCAGUAUUUCACGUUUAAUUGUUUAGCAAUUAAAAGCAAUACUAAUUAAUAAACUAAUUAAAUGCGUUAAAUACGAGAAUACACAAGAUAAAAUACACACUUACUUUUAGAGAACAACACUUAUACUGCAAUUUAAUGACUAAAUAAAUGUAUAUAAUACAAAAAUGUAA